ACCAUCCUGCCAGGGGUGCCACGCAGCGUUUACCCCCCCCCGCGCCCCGUUCGCGCUGCCCGGGAGGACCGUGACGCCCCGCGCCCUCGCCACCAAUCGGCGUGCGGUGGCCGCGCUCAAAUCCUCGCAGGGCGGCAACAGGCUGGGUGGCGGCGCUCGUGGCUCUGAGGGGAGGGAUCGACUUACUGGCCGCUGCCGUGAGGGGCCGCGGCUGGGCCCAGGGGAGAGAUGAUCGUGGGGCCCAGGGGAGAGAUGAUCGUGGGGCCCAGGGGAGAGAUGAUCGUGGGGCCCAGGGGAGAGAUGAUCGUGACGCCCAGGCGAGAGAUGAUCGUGACGCCCAGGCGAGAGAUGAUCGUGACGCCCAGGCGAGAGAUGAUCGUGACGCCCAGGCGAGAGAUGAUCGUGACGCCCAGCCGAGAGAUGAUCGUGGGGCCCAGCCGAGAGAUGAUCGUGGGGCCCAGCCGAGAGAUGAUCGUGGGGCCCAGCCGAGAGAUGAUCGUGGGGCCCAGCCGAGAGAUGAUCGUGACGCCCAGCCGGUGCCCCGGCCGCCGCCCGGGAGUGCGGCGGUUCAGCUCGGUGCCCCUUAACAGCGUCCCCGCGGGCACGCUGACCCCACUGAAGGAGCUCCUGAGGCGUCAGGCCGCCCUCGGGGUCGGCGCGGAGCCGGCGCACCGCGGAGAGGAGAGGCCGGAGGCUGUUAGCCGUCUCCAGUCCAAGCUCGUGGCGGGCGGCGCCAGCGAUAUCCUGGCCAGCACCGGGCCCCAGCGCCGGCUGAAGCGCCGGGCCUGCGAGUCGCCCGGCCGCGAGUCCCCAGCCAAAAUCUUCCAGCAGAUGAAGGCCAGGGCCCAGUGGCAGCAGCGAGACUGCGGCAGCGACUUCAUCCUGACUCCUGUCGCGCACCCCGCGGCCGCUCCGCCAAGGUUUCAGAAGCCUGUGACGGCAGAGGGUUGGCAGGGACCUGCCGAGGUGGCUGGGAGCUGUAUCCGGCCGGAAAAAGAAGUAGUUUGCACUCAGAUUCCUAAGAAAGAAACCGUGAAAGCACAAACCACGCACCCUCCUGUACUGGAAUCCCCUCAGAAGUUCUUCUUGCGUGUAAAGCAGAAACUGCAGCAGCAACAGCAAAAAGGUCCAACACCUUCACACCCAAUCAAGCAGAACAUUCCUCCUUCCACAGCUACAGAAAAGCCAUUAGUCAAAUAUGCUUUUGCUGAGCCACUCAGGAAUGAUCCGGCAGGGUGUGUGGCAACUGAUACUGAUGAUCAGGAUGAUUUCCUUGUGGAAUCAAUGGAUGCUGAUGAUGAAAUGUCUCAAAAUACUGACUCUCUGAUUUUAUGCCCUGCCCCUUUUAAAAAUUGGGAUCAGUUAGAAGAAAGGUGGAGAAAUAGAGAAGUAAAAGGUACUGAACUUCAUCAAGAUGGAAGAGAAUUGCAGCCAAGCAACAAGCAAGCUGCUUAUGGAGAAGAGGAGAUACUGGGAGAAGAGGAGAUACUGGGAGAAGAGGAGAUACUGGGAGAAGAGGAGAUACUGGGAGAAGAGGAGAUACUGGGAGAAGAGGAGAUACUGGGAGAAGAGGAGAUACUGGGAGAAGAGGAGAUACUGGGAGAAGAGGAGAUACUGGGAGAAGAGGAGAUACUGGGAGAAGAGGAGAUACUGGGAGAAGAGGAGAUACUGGGAGAAGAGGAGAUACUGGAAACUAAUUCUCAAAAGCCCUUGCAGUGCUUAUGUAGUAUUAUGCUCUCUUCUCCCAAAGUCCACAUUCCAAGGAAGCAAAAGCCAAAAGAAGGCUAUAAGGUCCCUUUGGAUAAACCUCGUACAGAUCCAGUUGCUGACAAAGCAGACGAAGAGAUAAACAUCUGCCUAACCAGUUGGAGAAUUAAAGUGAUGGAUGGUAACACUGCAAUAUUUGUUGAAGGAAAACGGAAAGAUAUGAAAGAUCUGCCUUGGCAUAGUAAUGCGAUUGUGGAACGCAUAGCACACAACCGAGUUAGAACAUUAUCUGGUAGUAUCUACUUGCUGCAGGGAAAUAUAGAUUCAGCUUCAAUGAGAAAAGAGGGAUUUCCCUACCAUUUCAUCAAGAGAUUUACAUAUGGGUUUUCCAAAAAGUGGAAGGAAUAUGUUGAGGAGUUUCUGGAGGAAAGAAGGAAAGAACGAAAACAAAAUACUGAUGAGGAUGUAAAUGAAGAGAGUGACCCAGUGGUGGGUACAAAUGUGUUGAAAAAUGUAGGAGACUCAGCAAGAAAGGCAAAGAAGCCUGAAACCAGAAAGACCACCUAUAAAGUAUUACCGAAGAAUGAUGAAAACAGCUAUGUAACCCCAAAGCGCAAUUCCAUAUUGAAUGACUCAAACAGAGUUUACACGCGUAGCGGCCGUCUUGUCAAACCACCAUUAAGUUUCUGGUGCGGGCAACGUGAGGUUGUUGAUCAGAAACUAAAUGUUACUAUAGAAGAAGGUGGAAUAGACUAUCUGAGCACGAUGUUUAGUAGUGAAAAAUUCCAAAGACGGACCAGUUCCACUUCUAAGAAGAAUAAAAGAAAGGAAGUAAAGAAGAAUAAAAGAAAGGAAGUAAAGAAGAAUAAAAGAAAGGAAGGAAUGAAGACAACAGAAAAAACAGCAAAAAUCCAAAGUAAAGGGAAAAACCAUGAAAAAGGAGUAAGUUCCAAGAAAGGAACCAAGUCUGCUGGAAGCAAGAAAGCCAGGCGCUUCGUUUCAGAUAAUGAUGAAAGUCAUCAUGUGGUCGAUAGCACAAAAACUAAACCACAGCUUUACGUUAGGUUGACUCCCUUAAAUACUGAUGUACUAAACAAAACCAACUAUAACAGUGGAAUGACAGAGGAAAAAAGAGGAAGAGAAUAUGGAGAAUUCAUUAUGUAUCAGCAGGCUUACAAGUACUCUUUAAAGUCAGCCAAACAACUUCAAGACAAGCAUUUAGCAGAAGAAACGUCAAGCAAAGAUGAGGAAGAGGAAUCCAGUGAAGACACCCCACUGUCUAUCAAAAGGAAAAGUAAACCUUUCUCUGAAAAAGCGACUCAAAACUCUGAAUCUUCCUUUAACUGUAAAAGUUCACAGGAUGACGCAAACAAGGUAUUGCGUGAACCAAGGAGAGUAAAACACUCCACUACCUCCCAUAAUGUGCCGUUGAGGCAAAGUCUGCCCAGAUCCAGUGACGGUUCUGAAUUACUUGAGGGAAAAAAGUCUAGUAAUUCCCAUCCGCCUUAUCAGGGAAGGAUAACAAGGAGCAGAACCAACCCUCCAAGGUAUUUGCUUGAAUCUGACACUGAGUCUGAAACCAAUGAAGAGGAAUUUCAAGUAAAAGAAAAGAAUACAAAAGUAUCUGAUAAAAACAUAAAUAGUAAAGGUUCUAAUUCUAAUAAUAAACAUUCUAAUAAUGCCAAGUCUUCAGCAGCAAAAGCAAGAAAACCUGUGAGGAAAAAGGUGCAGAAAUCUCUAGAAAUUUUUCCACGGACAACUGAUGACUGGUCGGAAAAGGAAUUACAGGAGCUCCACAGGGCUGUCGCUUCCUUCCCAAAGCACAAGAGCAGCUUCUGGGUGGAGGUCGCCAUGGCGGUGGGCUCUCGCUCUGCUGAAGAAUGCCAUCAGAAGUAUGUCGAAGAACAACAGUCAGAAAGUUCCAAAACAUGUGUCAAGAAGAGCACCACUUCGCUAAAAGCGGAACAGAAAGAUAAGAAAGAGCCAGUUGCGAUAACUGCCAAAGUGGGAACCUUAAAAAGAAAGCAGCAGAUGAGGGAUUUCCUGGACCAUUUGCCGAAGGACAACCACGACGACAUUUUCACUGCAACCCCCUUUCAGAACAGAAGAGUAAAGUUGCCAAUGUUCCGGGGAAGCCUGGAUGAUGAUGACGACUUUGCACUUACGGACAACCCCAUCACGCCUUCCUCUGCUGUCUUCCCUAUGGCAAAAACCCCUCAGUGUGAGCAUAUCAGCCCUGGUAUGCUGGUGCCCAUCAACAGGAAUGAUUAUGACAGGCACGUGUUCCGGAUGCAGAAGAAUGCACAGGGCAGCAGAGGCACCUGGGACAAGGUCAAGAAGAAGUCGGCUGGAGGUGUGCUUGCUACACCAGCUUCACGCAGAACUGACUUCACUUCCAGUAACAAAGUGAAGCAGAAGUCUGUUGUAGGGAAGCUCUUUGUGGAUGAGGCAGCAGAUUCAUCAGAGGAAGAACAGGACCAUUCCUAUUUUUCUGUCUAAUGAACUCUGUGGAUUUUAUUAAUUCAACACUUACAUGUCUCUUGUGUGAAGCACAGGGCUUUGGCUACCCCCGUGAGGGUCCUAUGGUGUUAAGAGUUUGGUUUGGAAAGCUUGUUUUUUAUGUGUUUUAACACUGUUCUCUUGCUGUCUCUGCAGCAAUGUUUGUCAUUUUCCAUGUGUACAAAGUGGCACUUUCUUGCCCAGGCUCCUCUUCCCAUGGCCCUGUUUCUCCUGGGGGAGGGAGAAAUGUUACCCCAAUGUUGCCCAAUUAUGGGCAAGUUUUGGUUCGUUUUAAGAUAAGAUAUGUUAUCUUUUUGGUUGUACAAUAAACUUAUAAUGGUACACUCUGUAACUAAAGUGUAAUUGCUUUUUAAUUUCCUCUACUGAGAGUUUGAAUUUUUACAUUUCCUUAAUGUAAUUAAAAAGGACAAGCUUAUUUUACUCCUUUGGGGAGGAGAAGCAGGCUUGAUGAGCAAUCCAUCAGCCUUGUUUCAGCUACCUGGGCCUGUAUGUUUUCAUCCUCUCUCUUGUUUUCAGAUAGACAUGGAUGGUGACCCCAGCCUGGUGCUGGUCUGUGCCGUGUCAGCAAGGUUAUUUAUCUCUGCUCCUGUCCCUUGCUCCUGUACAGGCCCCUUCAUGAAGGCGCUCCAGAAAGGGCUGGGAAGGAAUAAAAAUACAAAGUUCUUUUUCUGAGGAGCCACGGGGCGGCAGCAGCGAGCUGCGGGCUGGAGGGAGGCGGCGGCCGGAGGGAAGGGGGAAGCGAUGGCCGCAGCGCUGGAGAUAGAUAGGGAGAUGGCAGCUGUGAGGCCACCUGAGGGCAAGGGAACGCACUGGCUGCCCUGGGCCCCUCCAUCUCUACUUCAAACCUAGCGAGCCCUUCAGCGUUUGGGCAAGAAGCAUAAGGAACACCGGCAGUUCACUUUUUUCCUAGGAAACAAGGGUACCAAUCUUGCAGGAACCGCAGCUAGACACCUUCCCCUCUGUCACCGCCUUUCUGCUUAAGCCAGAAAGCUGUACUUUGUCAAAACAC